GGCGCGUUCGCGUUAGCCGGGGCCCAGUUGCGGGCCUGCGGGCGGUCGGGCUCCUGCCCCCGGGGGCAUCGCAGCCGGCGGCCCCAGUUCCCGCUUCGCCCCACUAGGUGGCGCCCCGAGCUCGGUUGCCGGGCGCCAGAGCGGCCGCGGCUGGAGGCUGCCCCGGCAGCUCGGAGGCAGCGGCUGGGCGCAUCCGGGCAGCCCGGCUGGGGGAAGCGCUCGGGCGGCGCUCGCUGUGCAGCCGCCCGGCCUGGGCGGGGAGGAGCCGGGGCUGCCAUGAGCGCAGGCGGGGGCCGGCAGGAGGGAGCCGCCGCCGCCGCCGCGAUGCUGCAGCUGCUCCGGGAGCAACCGGAGCCCCCGGCGGAGGAGAGCGGGGCUCAGCGCUUCGCCCUUUGCCUGCCCCCUGGGGAGGAGGAGGUAAAAGAAGUAGAAGAAACCAUAGAAGAGAUGUUAAUACGGCUGGAUGAGUUCUGUGGCAUGACUGAUGUGAUUAGAAGCGAUACAUCCCAGAUCCUGGACGAGACCAUUCCGCUCAUUAAAGCCAAGGUGGUAGAAAUGAACAACAUCUAUGCCAAAGUUGAUAAAUUAGAGGCAUUUGUUAAAAUGGUUGGACGCCAUGUCUCUUUUCUAGAAGAACAAGUGCUUCAAGCCGAGGGGAACCAAAACACUGUCUCUCAUGCUGUUCGCAAACUACUUCAGUCUGCAGCUAUACCUUCUUUUAAAAAUAAGCACGCUCCCUCAGCACAGCAUACAUAUGACCUGCCUAAACUCUACAGAACUGAAGAUUAUUUUCCUAUGAACUACGUAGGUACAAAGUAUCAAAGCCACUAGUAGCUGACUUCAUCUUAUAAGCAGCUUUUUGGGGAGAUGUUGCUUGAAAUCUUUUCAUGAUUCAUGUUUUGUCCUGACUAAUAAAAACUUGAGAAUUCUGCUAAGAGCUAAACGUAUAGGAGUGGCCUAUGGAUUUAUUAUAUAGGCAGUUAGCUCCCUUAUUUUAAGGGGAGCCUAAACAGUAUGCAUGGGGAAGAAAUGUAAAUAUAGUUCAGAAUAGAUUUGUUCACAAUGGUUUUAAGUAUGGAGGUGUUUAUGCUAUUGCUGAAAAAAAUAUAUAAACUCAUUUUGUUUACAUAUUUGAACAUAAGGUUGCAGACUGCAGUGUGGAUAGCAUAUUAAAACUUUCAUGUUAUGUGAUUUUCCUCCCAUGUUUGAUAUAAUUGUUAAUUAUAGAUAUUAACCACAGUCUUUAGGUGAUAUUUCGUAUCAAUAGCCUCCCACUGUUUUGAAUUUACAAGAUAAAUCUUAAACCUCUAAAAUCAAUGUGGUACAAUUUUGGAAAUUCUUAGUUACGCAUGGCUGAGACUUUCAUUGAAAAUAGGAUCAACUUCAAAAGCUGUUGUGUAUUGUAACUUGAACGGUGUAAAUAAAUUUCUGCAAAGCUACUAUGGCCCCUUUGAUAUGAAGUUUUAACUCAGCUAGGGCCAAAAGUUUGCCAUCUUCUCACCCAACGUAAGUCUAUAGAAACAAAAUAUAAGCAUUUGGCUAGGAAGAGUAUUUGUGACUAGUGUAUGCUAGAAGAGGUGGUCAAAUUUAGGCUAGCCAGGUAUAUAGAAAGUCUCACAGUUGCAGAAAUGGGGGAGGACAAGGAAUGUAUCAAAUCCGAUGUCCCUUAUCUGUAAGGUGCAGUACAUUUGAAGAAACAAUGAAAUACAGGCAUCUGGUAUAUGAACACAACUAUUAGUGAAAUACUAAAGAUGGAAGGUACAAUUGUAUGUAAAUAUGGACUUGUAUUCUAAGUGAAGCUACAUGCAUCUGACAAACAAUGCCUCUGCUUUUGGGUGGGAGUAGGUGUUUAAGUCACCUCACUACUGGUUAGUGGGAACUAGUGAUGAGAUAUUACAGUACUGCAGCACAUAUCCAAAAGGAAUGUGUGUCAUGCAAUCAAAGUCAAUACCUCUGUAAGCCUGUUGCAGAGAAUGUAGCAAGUUCUUGCGGUACUACCAAGAAGCAGAGUACCAUAUUUGUAAUAGGGCUAUUAUUUAAAUAAAUGGUAUUCUAUUAUGCAUCUUUGGAUGUUUUCUACAUUUUGAUAUAUUCAUUUCAAUUAUAACAAUACAAAGUGUACAGUGCUCACUUUAUAUUUUUCUUAAAUAUCUGUACUGUAAAAAACUAGAUAGUAUUUUUCAAUUCACCUAAUACAAGUACUGUAGUGUAAUCUCUCUCAUGAAAGUUGAACUUACAAGUGUAGAAUUAUGUACAAAAAAUCAAUGUAAAACUUUAGAGCCUACAAGUCUACUCAGUGCUACUUCGUGUUAGGCCAAUUGCUCAGAUAAACAAGUUUGUUUACAUUUAUAGGAGAUAAUGGUGCCUGCUGCUUCUUUACAAUGUCACCUGAAAGUGAAAAUAUGCUGAUGGUUCUGCUCGGUAACGGACCGAAGCAUGUUCAUUUUCAUCAUCUGAGUCAGAUGCCACCAGUAGAAGGUUGAUUUUCUUUUUUGGUGGUUCAGGUUCUAUAGUUUCUGCAUUGGAAUGUAAUAAAUUUAAUUAAUGCAUAAUUUUUUUUACUGAGUUUCAUCAGCAUAGUAGCAUAUCUUCUGGAAUGGUGGCUAAAGCAUGAAGGGACAUAUAAAUGUUUAGGAGAUCUGGCACAUAAAUACCUUGCUGUGCCAGCUAUAAAAGUGCUAUGCAAAUGCCUCUUCUCACUUUCAGGUGACAUUGUAAAUAAGAAGCAGGCAACAUUAUCUCCUGCAAAUGUAAACAAACUUGUUAGCAAUUGGCUGAAGAAGUAGGACUAUGGGGACUUGGAGGCACUAAAGUUUUACAUUGUUUUGAUUUUGAGUGCAGUUAUGUAACAGAAAAAGAUUGCACUACAGUACUUGUAUGAGGUGAACUGAAAAAUACCAUUUUUUAACAUUUUUACAGUACAAGUAUUUGUAAUCAAAAUAAGAAGAUAGUCAACACUCUACACUUUGGUAUUCUGUGUUAACUGAAAUUAAUAUUUGAACAUGUAGAAAAACAUUUAAUAAAUUUGAAUUGAUAUUCUAUUGCUUAACAGUGUGAUUAAGCAAGAGCCCUAAGUAACAAGACUGAUGUUUGGAUAAAAGCCUGUCAAAAGCAAUGUUCAAUACACCCAAAAGCCUGUCACUUUUUAAAAAUUGAGAUAUCAGCUUUGACUAAGUUUGGUCUCUUUGAAAUAUUAGCAUUAUAAAAUGCAUAUUGUAGCCUUUGACAUACCUAAAUGUUGAAACACUGGUCUAGUUAGGGUAUGAAAAAAUUCAUAUUACCUUAAACAUAUUGCAUAUUAAAUCUGAGAACGAGUAAUUUUUUCGAUGCUUGCUACAAGAGGAUAUUCAGAUACCUAUGCUCUGUUUCAAAGAUGAGUUAAAGGGUCAAACAAUUUUAUUCACAAUUAGAGUAUUAUAGUUACACACUAAUUGUAUGAGCUAAGUCCCAACGUCCAAAACUGUGUUCCAGAUGCCAAUCAUAGCUGUAUUUACUGCUGUAAUAGCAAAAGCCUGACUUGAAAUAAGAUACCGGGAUUGCUAGAGUUUGGCCUAUUUUAUAGGCCAUCAUAGGUAACAUCUUUUGUAGAGAGAAGACAGAAGUUCAAGUUUUCACAUAGUUUUCCCUUUUCAUUUUAGCGCAAACUUGUUAGUAAAAUUAUGUUAGCAGGUCAGAAAGACCUCUUUCAGGAAAUGUCCUGUCACCCAGCAUAAGGGCCUGUGAUUUGUGGAUUAAGCCCAACUGCACAAAGGCCCUCUUAGUGGGCAAUAAGUGACUGUCCACACAGGGAGUUAGGAGAGAAUAGUUAUUGUACUUUAAAUUCACACCCUAGUUUAUUCUGCACUAAAAGACAACCCAAAAUCUGAAGAUAAGUAAUUAUCUCUCACCCUCCCACCCCUGUAGUGACAGCAUCCUUAUGUAGUGCCCCCUGCCAAGUAACAGCUUAAUAUUAAGGAUGUUCUAGUCCUAUUUUCAUCAGGCCAAAUCCUUGUCUCCUACCCUCCAAUCAAGGGCAAGCUUUCCACUAAUAUAAUGGGAUUAAGAUUUGGUCCUUCUACUUUAAAGGGAAACAUUCAAUUUACCAAACAUCAUUUAGUAGUUUCAAGUACUACAUGUGCCUUAAGUUUGCCACUCUCUUUAAAAAGAAAAUAAUCACUCUCCUACUGUUUUUUGUUUAAAACAAAAACCAAAA